AUGGACUAUACACUCGAAAAUUGCCAAAAACUUGUAGACGACUGGAUCCACACCAUCGGAAUUCGGUAUUUCUCAGAAUUAACCAAUACCGCCAUCCUCAUGGAAGAAGUGGGAGAGUUAGCACGGAUUAUGGCGCGUCAAUAUGGCGAACAAAGCUUCAAGGAAAACGAGAAAGAUUUAGACCUUGGUGAGGAAAUGGCGGAUAUCCUGUUUGUGCUUAUCUGUCUUGCGAAUCAAACAGGAGUUGAACUUGAAGAUGCAUUCAAAAGAAACUUGGAGAAAAAGACACGCCGAGAUAAGGAACGCCACAGCGGAAACCCGAAACUUCAGAAAAACUGA